AGAAUUUCACUCAACCAAUAAUCAGAUGAACCAAUUUUUGUGGAUAAGAUUUCUUAUUGCAUGUCAAAACACAAAACCAACUAAUUUACACUAACAGACCUUUCUUCAAUUCUCCCUUUAGAAGCUCUGCUACCACAAAGCUUCUCUCCUUUCUCUCUUCCCCAAUAAUCUUUCACUCUUACUUCAUCAAAGGAUCUCAAUGGAGGAAGCUCAUUGAUGCUCCCUCAGAUGGAAUGCGCAUGAUUUCUCCAUGACUCGAUAGUUUCUAGCUUGGGUGUACAAAUGUUGGUUUUAUCCUCAUAAUUUCCUUAGGCAUUGAGGUCAGAUACUAAAGAGGUGAAGAAAGACAGACAAGUGUUCACAAGAAGGGGGCUCGAAUCCCUGCAUGGAAAAACGGAAAGUGUCAACUAGUUCAAGGGAGAAAUGGGUUCGAGCUUCACCAACGAUGGAUAAAGUAUAUACAACAUCAACUACAGAUGAUUUGCCAGCUGGGAACUGCUGCCUUGUCUGUAUGGAAAACCGUGGGUGUCAUACAGUUCUCUCAAGAACAAAACUCAUGACUAAGUUGAUCAAAAGGAGGAAGGCCGAGGAAGUUUUUGCCAUAUUUGAAGGCUUGAUGGAAGAGGGACACAAACCAACUCUUGUGACAUAUACUACACUAUUAGCUGCCCUUACUGCCCAAAAGAAGAUCAAAUCUAUUCCUUCUCUCAUCUCUAUGGUGGAAGAGAAAGGAAUGAAACCAGACUCGAUUUUCUUCAAUGCUGCUAUCAAUGCUUAUUGUGAAGCAGCUGACAUGAAAGGAGCAAUAAAAAUAUUUUACCGGAUGAAGCAAAAUGGCUGUAACCCCACUAUAAGUACUUUCAAUACAUUGAUGAAAGGAUAUGGCCUUGUAAUGUCUGAAGAGGGGAAUGUCAAACCUAAUGAUAUGACUUACAAUAUUCUAGUUCGAGCAUGGUGCAACAAGAACAUAAAUGAAGCAUGGAAUGUAGUGUAUAAAAUGGUGGCCUCGGGUUUACAGCCUGAUGUUGUCACCUACAAUACAUUAGCAAGGGCUUAUGCACAGAGUGGAGAGACUAAUAAAGCUGAGGCAAUUAUACAUGAAAUGCAAAAGAAUAAAACUGAGCCUAACGAACGGACAUGUGGCAUCAUCAUUAGUGGAUAUUGCACUGAAGGAAACAUGGUUGAUGCGUUACGUUUUCUGUAUCGGAUGAAGGAUCUGGGAGUGCUCCCAAAUCUUGUUGUGUUUAACACGCUUAUCAAAGGAUUUUUAGACACUAUGGACACUGAUGGUGUUGAUGAGGCGUUGACUUUGAUGGAAGAGUUUGGGAUCAAGCCAGAUGUGGUAACAUUUAGCACAAUAAUGAAUGCAUGGAGCUCAGCAGGACUAAUGACAAAAUGCAAGGACAUGUUUAAUGACAUGGCAAAGGCUGGUGUAAAACCUGAUAUCCACGCGUUCAGCAUUCUUGCAAAAGGUUAUGUUCGUGCAGGUGAACCUGAUAAAGCCGAAACUCUCCUGAUGUCCAUGGCUGAAUCGGGUGUUCAUCCAAAUGUUGUAAUAUUCACUACUGUUAUCAGUGGUUGGUGCAGUGUAGGAAAGAUGGAAUAUGCAAUGCGAGUGUUUGAGAAGAUGAAUGAGAUGGGGGUUUCCCCUAAUCUGAAAACAUAUGAAACUUUGAUAUGGGGUUUCGGGGAAGCUAAACAGCCCUGGAAAGCAGAAGAAUUGCUUCAGAACAUGGAAGAAAUGGGUAUAUUUCCUGAAGACAGCACUAUCCGGCUUGUUGCAGAUGCUUGGCGUUCCAUUGGUUUGAUAAAUGAAGCCCAAAGAGUGAUGAGUUUCAAGGAGCUGAGAAGUGUGUUGAUCCUUCAGAGAGAACAUAUCAAGAUCAAAAGAUUGAGGGUAAUUCUAAAGUACUUGAAACAACUGGGUUCUUUGCAACUGACCAAAAAGGGGAAGCUGCUGCAAAUACCAGAAAAUGGGUAAGGAAUGUAUCAGCAGGAAGAAAUGUCAGAUCUUUUGCUCGUCGAUGUGGAUUUGUGUAAGGCAGUAUUUUGUAUGCCGGAAGAAGUUCCUCAAUGAGGUUCAUAUACCAGGGAGGUUUGUAAAUUCAUGUAAAGCAGUGAUAUAGAGUUUGUAAAUUGAUGGACAGAGUUGAUGGAUUCAGUCAACUGACUAGAAUUUGGCUGACAUGAAGUUGUCAUACACAAAAUUUGAACUAUUGGAACACUUUCUUGGUAAGGAAACAUCUUUUGUGGUUUAGUAGAAAGAUUAAUUGAGCUUCAUGAUUCUGGCAUCAAGUUCUUCAGAGUUCAAUUCCAGGUGAUUAUACAUAAUAUAUUAUUUGCAAAAAUUUCUGUAAACAGUAAGCACACUUCAAAUGCAGAUAAUUGUAAUUAGAAAAAUACUACUGUAAUUAGUGAAUAUAUGUUGUUUCCAGGUGCCUUGUUGGAUAUAAAAUUUUGCCUUGUUAGAUGUUGAUUAAAAUAAGCUGGAUACCUGUACUACAGGGAUUCUUGACAAAUAGUAUGUUCAUGUGACAAAAAGAAGCAUAGUUUGGAUUUAAAGCACAAUAUACCUCUAAGAUUAUUGUACUUCUUUUCAAGGUGGUGGUUUUUUUUUUUUUUUUUUUUUUUGACUUAGUUGGAGAUAUGUAGACUAAUUGAAACAUAUUUUAACAAGUUGAACUAGUUUUUAGGCCUGUGCUCCAGGUAAUUAUUAUUUUUAUUUAUUAAUAUCUUACUUUGAAAUUAUCACACCAAACAUUACUUGGUUUAGUGAUUGAGAUAUUAGUAUAGUAACUUGAAGUUGUAAGAUCAGAUCUUAUACCAUGUAUUUUUUAAUUUUUUUUAUGUAUGUGCUUCAAACACAUUUUAAAUACUCCCGAGAGCACUAAGAAAGCUUAGAUGCAUUGUCCAAAGUUAACUAAAUAUAGGAAAAAUUACCUGUAUAUACGUAAAUAUUUACCGUUUAAGAAAAACACUUACAAUCUGGUGAGAAAAGUUGUUCCAAAAACAAUAUUUUCAUUUGGCUGAAAUG